UAAAAAAACAUAGAAAAUGCAUCAGUUUAAAAAUAUUAAUUAUAAAAAGCCAAAAUAUAUAAAACAAAGUAUAUAUAAAAACAAGUUGAAUUCAUUUGGAGAGCAGCAGAUUGAAGAAAAAUUAUUACACUUGUUUGCCAACCAUCUCUCUUGGACUCUGGGCGGCUUUCAACAUUAAGUUGCCACUUUCAUUAAAAAAUCUAUUUCAAACAGGCUGUUGCAGACAUCCAAGUUUAGGUUUGGAGAAAUCGGUGCGAGAGAGCACAGUUAAGCCUGGUUUAAAAGAGAAGGGUAUAAAAUUCGCCACAAAUGAUGCAAAGGCGCUGGCUUCAGCUCUCAUUAUUCCUCAGCCUACUCACCUCUUUCGGCGUUGGAGGAAUUCUAUUUCUGUUCUAUUCUAUUCUAUUCUAUUCUAUUCUAUUCUAUUCUAUUCUAUUCUAUUCUAUUCCUCUUUCUCUUUCACAAAAUGCACACAGUCAGAAAGGGUUAAACGGGCUCAGUUUUCCUGAAGCCAAAUUUUGGCUCACGAGGGCCACGAAGCGUCUAAUCUAGGGACGCCACACGCGUCGCCUUCCGAACAGCAGAUGGGGGGAGGCGGCGGCGGUGGCGGUUCACUUGGGAUCGAAACACGGAGAAACGCCCGGCGAAAUAGAUGCCCUUUUCUCUCUGACUUCUGUUAGAAGAGAAGGAAGAAGCUGAGGCGGCGGCGGCGGAAGCAAAGGGGCCGAUCGCUUCGCAGCCGGGGUGGUUGCCCGGACUCCCUCGCCUGCUGUCCUCACAGCGCCGCCACACACAAGGGCGCCUCCCUCGAGGCUUCGGAGGCCGAGCCAUUUCUUCCUGCCGCCGCCUUGAGGCGCUUUUGCGGCGCGGAGGCUUCUUCCUCCAAAGGCCGCGAGGACGGGGCGCAUAAAGAAAGGAGCUUUAUUUCAAGACCCUUACUAAGCAAAAACAAAGGGAAGUGAUGGAGAAGAAUGGAAACAAUCCGAAACUUCGGGUUUGUGUUGCUACAUGUAACAGAGCAGAUUAUUCAAAAUUGGCCCCAAUCAUGUUUGGCCUUAAAGCAGAACCACAGUUCUUUGAACUGGAUAUUAUAGUUCUGGGCUCUCAUCUGAUUGAUGACUAUGGCAAUACUUACCGUAUGAUUGAACAAGAUGACUUCGACAUCCACAGCAGGUUACACACAAUAGUCAGAGGGGAAGAUGAAGCCGCUAUGGUGGAAUCUGUUGGUCUUGCCUUAGUCAAGUUGCCUGAUGUGCUCAAUCGCCUGAAACCUGACAUAAUGAUAGUCCAUGGAGACCGGUUUGAUGCUUUAGCGCUAGCUACGUCUGCUGCCUUAAUGAACAUUCGAAUUCUUCACAUUGAAGGUGGAGAAGUCAGUGGGACCAUAGAUGAUUCCAUCAGGCAUGCCAUUACCAAGCUGGCUCAUUACCACGUGUGUUGCACAAGAAGUGCAGAACAGCAUUUGAUCUCUAUGUGUGAAGACCAUGACCGCAUCCUUCUAGCAGGAUGCCCUUCGUAUGACAAGUUGCUGUCUGCCAAAAAUAAGGAUUAUAUGAGCGUUAUCCGGAUGUGGUUAGGUGAGGGUGUAAAACCAAAAGAGUAUAUAAUCGCUUUGCAGCAUCCUGUGACCACAGACAUUAGACAUUCUGUAAAGAUGUUUGAAUUGACUUUGGAUGCCCUCAUCUCUUUUAACAAGAGGACUUUGAUUUUAUUCCCAAAUAUUGAUGCAGGGAGCAAAGAAAUGGUUCGGGUAAUGAGGAAGAAAGGUAUUGAGCAUCACCCAAAUUUCCGCGCAGUAAAAAAUGUUCCCUUCGACCAGUUCAUCCAGCUGUUGGCUCAUGCCGGUUGCAUGAUUGGGAACAGCAGCUGUGGUGUACGAGAAGUUGGGGCAUUUGGAACGCCAGUCAUCAAUCUUGGAACACGCCAGAUAGGGAGAGAAACAGGAGAGAAUGUCCUUCAUGUGCGGGAUGCUGAUUCCCAAGACAAGAUACUUAGAGCUUUGCACAUCCAGUUUGGGAAACAAUACCCUUGUUCAAAAAUAUAUGGCGAUGGAAAUGCUGUUGCAAGAAUUCUGAAGUUCCUUAAAUGUAUUGACCUUGAGGAACCCCUUCAAAAGAAAUUCUGCUUCCCCACUGUAAAAGAAAGUAUUUCCCAAGAUAUUGAUCAUAUCUUAGAAACCCAGAGUGCACUGGCAGUGGAUCUGGGUGGAACGAAUCUCCGAGUAGCAAUUGUCAGCAUGAAGGGUGAAAUAGUUAAGAAAUAUACACAACUGAAUCCUAAAACGUACGAGGAUAGAAUAGAACUGAUCCUUAAGAUGUGUAUGGACGCUGCCUUAGAAGCAGUAGACCUGAACUGCAGAAUUCUGGGUGUAGGCAUUUCCACAGGUGGGAGAGUAGAUCCCCGAGAAGGCGUUGUUCUUCAUUCCACAAAACUCAUUCAGGAGUGGAACGCUAUUGAUCUGCGGACACCGAUAUCAGACGCCCUGCAUUUGCCAGUCUGGGUGGAUAAUGAUGGCAACUGUGCGGCGUUAGCGGAGAGAAAAUUUGGACAUGGGAAAGGAGUGGAAGACUUCAUAACUGUUAUCACUGGCACAGGUAUCGGUGGUGGCAUCAUUCAUCAAAGUGAAUUAAUUCACGGCAGCUCUUUUUGUGCUGCUGAGCUUGGGCACAUUGUGGUAGCAAUGGAUGGACCAGAGUGCCUGUGUGGGAACCAUGGCUGCAUAGAAGCCUAUGCUUCUGGGAUAGCCUUGCAGAGAGAAGCCAAGAAAUUACACGAUGAGGAUUCAUUAUUGAUUGGAGAUAUGUCUAUGAAAAAAGAAGAUACAAUAACUGCUGCACAUCUUAUUCAGGCAGCUAAAUUAGGAAACCCAAAAGCUGACAAUAUUGUUAGAACAGCGGGAACAGCCCUGGGCCUUGGAAUCGUUAAUGUUCUGCACACCAUUAGCCCUUCCCUGGUGAUACUGUCUGGCGUCUUGGCCAGUCAUUAUGUCAAUGUUGUCAAAGAUGUGAUCCGUCAGCGAGCGUUAUUCUCUGUCCAGGCAGUGAAUGUGGUUGUCUCAGACCUGAGCGAUCCUGCCUUGCUUGGAGCCGCUAGCAUGGUUCUGGAUUAUACAACACGCAGGAUAUGCUAAACACCUGGGGGAAAAGUAGAAAUCCUUACGAAGUUUAUAACAGGAAAAAUAUUUCCUACUGAUGUUGGAGGUUUUUGGGGUUGUUUCAGAUGAUUUUAUGGAAACCUCGCCAUAAAAAUUGUUCCCUUCCUUUAUUUAAUUGCUACUUUUAUAUGUUGGAAGAAACACGGCUCAGAAGAGGACUCUCUUGUAGACAAAAUGAAAUUAAAUACUUCUUGGGAGCUACAAUUUGUAAAAUGUUCUUCUGAAUGUUCUUCUUCCUAAUGUAUUUUCAAAUUGUUUUUCUCAGUAGGUGGUAAUUUCAGUAAGCAGACCUUUGUUAUGCAAGUACAGAAAUAUCCCUGACAGAUAUAUGUAACCAUUUCCAUCUCUGCAGAGCUGGGCAGGUAUGAUCUCUGUGUGAGAGAAAUUGGAAACAUCUCACAGUAAAAUACCCAGCAUUAUGAUGUGAUUAUCAAUGAAUACAUUAAUUAGAAUAUAAUCCUUAUUAGGAUGAUUACAUAUGCUGCACAUGUUCACUUUCAAAGUGCUUUCCUUACAGAAAUGCCCUUCAGUAAUACUGAAUUAUAGAAUGAUCGUAACUGUCAAUUCUGUUGGCCAGCAGUUACGGCAGCUGUAAUCUAGAACCCCCCAAAAGGCACAUGUUUGGAGACAUACAGUGUGCUAGGAUGGAGAACAAAAUGUAUGCUUUUUCUCUCUGUUAACAAUAGUCAUAUUUUAUAUACAUCCUCUGAAUUGUGAUUCCUACCACCUGGUUUUCAUGUUCUUUGCUGUAAAUAAUUGAGUUUUGAAAAUACAGGGUGUAAAAAGUUAUCCAUGUGAAACAAAGUAAGAUAGAUUUCUGUAUGAAAGUUUGAGCUCCUUCUCCAAAUUCAACAAGCACUUUUGGUUCUUUUAGCUGGCUUUAAUAUGUCAAAUGUCGUACAUAUUCUUGUAUUCCAAAGGAAUAUUUACCUUUUCCUAUUUUGUCCUAUUUUGAAAAAUAUUAUGCAGUAUACAUAUAUUGAUUAAAAUUCUGCCCCAAGCCAAACAACCAUCUUGAGUAUUAAGUAAACUUUUCAUUUCCAUAUUCUUCCUGGAAUUAUACAAGAAGGGAAUUUCCAGACCUUGGCUGCCAUUGAACUACGGGAGUGAGUUGCCUCCAAUGCAAGCCUACCGAGAGAAUCGAGCAAUUAAUAUAAAUACUGUAGCAGAGAGUUCAGUUUAAAUGAAGAGGGUCCAUUUUCAUCCUGAAACAACUGCUACUUUGAAGGAAGCUUGAGCAUCUGAAUAGAUUUUGAUUGUAUAUUUUGUUUUGGAGUUCAAAGGAGCAUUUUGCAAAAAUACACAACUUAGUUUUCAGCAAUUCUCUUAGGAGUGCUAAAUCUCACCCUGGUUUUCUGUAUGAAAGAAAUUGGAAAACACAUGAAAUGGCGUUGUUGUCAGUUUUGUUCAGUUAGGCAAGCGGGAUGAAAACAAUGACAAUAGUCUUGAAGAAAAAUGAAAAUCCAAUUCCCAUGCCACAAACAUCUUUCAGACUGGAACAGAUUGCUAACAUUUAAGGCUUUCUCAAAUUGAAUCUGCACCUGAAGAGUAAAGGAAAAAAGUAUACAUUUUACUAACACUUCUUCCUGCAACUACAAGUUGGUAAGAAAAAAAAAAUGAAUUGUUACAAGUACCCUGCACUGAAGCCACCACCAAUCUAAAUGUAUUGUUUGGGAUUAUGCUUGUUUUCUUAACCUGAACAAGUUGUGCGUGCAGUUAAGCUCAGCAUUUGGGACAUUCUAGGCAAGGGAUGCAGAAGAACAGCCUUACAGAAACAGAUCUGACUUUCCAUGUCCUCUUGGAAGCCUAAUCCACUUAGUAAACUGAGUUUCAUCAAGCCAGUUUCUUCUCCAAAUAAUGCUCAACUGCCUUAAAUAUUUAGUGUGUUUUUGGCAAAGACAAGUUCUUUAUUUUUGUGCAUUCUUACAAGUUAUCCCAAAAUAGUGAAGCUGUCAUUUUGGGGGUGGGUUUUUGUUUGUAAAAUAAUUUGCUAUUAGAUAGAAUGGAAAAGGAAUGUAGUGCUAUGCUCACUUGGCUUUUAAACCAUGAAAGAAACAUCCAAGUUCAGCACUAAAUGAUAAUGAUAUAGUGCAAGUAGGGCUGUUGUGGCUUCAGUUUACUGCUGGUGAGACUUGUAGACUUUUUUCUUGGGGCUUUUGCUCUGAGCAAUGCCAAUCAUCUUUGGGAGGACAGAAAUUCCUAAAGCUCCUAUCCCAAGAUAAUAUACUAUAUUGUCUAAUAAUUCCCAGAAUGCCCCAGUAUACUAGCUUCAGUCUGAAAGAUAUGUAACGAUACCAUGUUGUCUUUAAUUGCUAAUCUAGCAGAGAUAAAUCUCAUCAGCAAAGGGCAUUGCUGCACCUCUAAACUAUGGUGCAGAUGUCUUUAUGUGUAAGUAACGUUCAUUUUAUGUGGUUAGUAACUGUUAGUACUGAAAUUUUAAGAGGCUCUUUGCCUGCUUUAUUAAAUUCGAUAAGUGUUAGCUCAAUUGUAUAUUCAGUUUGAUAAGCACCAGUGAAAAAGAUUUACGAUUCCCAGUAGCAUUACUUUAAAAGCAAAACUGUCUUUAAUUGAAUAGUGAUCUUAAUAUUUGUUACUUAGUUCAGCAUAGCUCCUGCAUCAUCACUUUAAUUGGGAAAGGAAGACAUCUUUACAUCUGCCUAUGUUGUAUGUAUAAAAAUAGUUUCUAUUUCUUGUUGGCAUGAAAAAUAUGGUUUUCUCUGUUGCCUUAUUAAAACAAUUAGUUCUGUACGUUCUGUUGUCUAAAUGUUGUUAGAUCUAAGUGACUUCAAGCUAAACAUCAAAGAUUUAAAUAAAAAAUAAAAUUAUGUAUAUAUCAAGUUUC